AUGACUGGGGUAGUGGGAGGAAAUAAAAAGCGUGGUGGGAGCAAUGGGGUUAGAGAUGUCGGCCUAAAUUCAUUGGGAAGCCGCAGGAACCAGCUUGGUCCUUCCAUUCAAUCGACUAUGGGAACCAGUUCUGCCACUACACUUGCCUCUGGUUCUCAUUCUUCUUCAAGUGUAAGGAAGCAAGUCGGUCCAACCUCGAUGGGCUCUCAGCAGAUUCAGCCCCCUGCUGGAGGAGGCUGCGCAAAUAAAUCGAGUUCUUCAAGCCAUCCUGGGCCUUAUCUGAGUUCCGCUGUUUCCAAUAGAGGAUGCAGUUCUGCCAGCGGCCAAAAAACUGGUAGUUCAGGUGGCCGCCAUGCUUGCACGGAAGCAGGCCCCAAUCCUGGUUGUGUGGGCGGGAGUGACACUAGUAAUAAGUCUGCUGGAAGCAAGAAUGCGUCGACACUUACUGCAGCUGGAGGCGAUCACCACGCAUCCGAUGCUAAGCAGCUUGGGACGGGAGUAAAUAACAGGGAAUUCCGAACAAGCAACAGUUACAAUACGGUUCUGGCCGACCAUUCGCUUGGCAAGGAUACUCACAAUAGCUGA